GAUUAGGUGUGUGCUAAUAAGACUGUGAAGGUACAGUACUUCUGAAUGGUAGAUGAAAGUAAUGAGAAGAGGUACCAGGGGCAAUGAGAACGGAGAGGGAUGAGGUCUACUUUAUAUCAUGAGGAGGUGGUGGGGGGAGAGAAACGACAACACAGACGACCAAGCCCAGACAACAGGAAACCCCCCAAUUACAGCUUAAGCUCCGCGGGUAGAAGUACAAGUAUGCUUGGAAAUCAAGAGUGGAUGGGCAAAUGGAUCCUUGUCUUGAGCUCAGAGCUACAAGAGUGGGGGUACAGUACAAAAGGGUGGGAAGAACUCAAAAGAAACAUCCCCGGAUCCAUUGUCAUUAUUAAUUGCUUGUUGGCUUGCUUGCUCUCUUUGCACUGCAACCCUGACCCUGACCAGUUUCCAGUUGGCAAUCUCGCCAUUGUCUGCCAUGCCAUGCCAUCUCAUCAUCGGGGAGUUUUGCCCCUCAGGUCCUGCAUGACGUUUGCCCGAUUCAGAGGCGGGGCUGGUUGACGUGACCCUGACAGGGAAGACAACAAACAAUACUAGGUAAAGGUACAGGCAACUCAAUGCAGCGGGGUCAACACAGACAGAUAGAAUCACGGUUAAAUAAUUGAAGAGUUACAGACACG